GGAGUAGUUUGAUAGAGGGGUUUUGCAGUAUGGCCGAGCAAGCGGCGACAGAGAGCAGAGGCAUGGUUCACAGAUUGCUGUCUUUUGUUGGUGUUGACGCUCUGGUCGGCAGUGUGUGGGGCUUCGUGGACACCACAAUAAGGUGGUGUUGGAUCCCUAACUGGCUGCCAUCAUGGUGCCCCACCUCUCAGAUUCAGCUACAGACUUCAGAAGACAGAAUGCUGCGAUGUGUUGGCAGCACUUUCUCCAAACACCACAUCCCCAUCUCCAACAGUAAUCGACUCUGGACCCUGACCAUCAACAACGACCGUGUCAGACACAAAACCCCCUUGGUUCUGCUGCACGGGUUCGGGGGGGGGUUGGGUCUCUGGGCUCAGAACUUGGACGCUCUCUGCCAUCGCGGGCCCGUCUACGCCCUGGACCUGCUUGGCUUUGGACAGAGCAGCAGGCCUGUGUUCUCCACGGACAGCCAGGGGGCGGAGCAGCAGUUUGUGGAGUCUAUAGAGCAGUGGAGGGCCAAGAUGGGUCUGGAGUCCAUGAUACUGCUGGGACACAACCUGGGAGGAUACCUGGCUGUGGCAUACUCCAUCAAAUAUCCUCACAGAGUGAAGCACAUACUGCUGGUGGAGCCCUGGGGUUUCCCUGAGCGACCCGACACAGUAGAGGCAGACCGUCCCAUCCCAGUAUGGAUAAAAGCCUUAGGAGCCAUGUUUAGUCCAUUCAACCCGCUGGCUGGCCUGAGACUGGUUGGACCACUGGGGCCCACCCUGGUUCAGACGCUAAGACCGGACUUUAAGAAGAAGUUCUCCUCCAUGUUCAAUGAUAACACAGUGUCAGAGUACAUCUACCACCUAAAUGUGCAAGCCCCCAGCGGGGAAACAGCUUUUAAGAAUAUGACCGUCCCCUAUGGCUGGGCCAAGAGGCCGAUGCUGCAGAGGAUGGACAAGCUUCAUCCUGAGAUCCCCAUCACCAUCAUCUAUGGGUCCCGCUCCAGCAUAGACAGCAACUCAGGCAGCACCAUCAAGGAGAUGAGGCCGAGCUCGCAUGUGGAGAUCAUAACGAUCCGUGGAGCCGGACACUAUGUGUACGCUGACCAGCCUGAGGACUUCAACCACAGAGUUUUGCAAGUGUGCCAAAAGUUGGACUGAAGCGAGUCUGGUUACUGAACUCUGGAGAAAAAGGGGAGUAAGACUUUCAGACAUCACUUUAGCAGCCAGUGUGGAAACACGGGAUCCUCAUGCAGGAAUGAAUAUUUGCACAUAGAGACAUUUUAAAGGACAUUAUGCGACGGGUUCGUCAUGACAUGCUGAUGUUUCUGAUGUUAUGUCACCACAAAGUUUUCCUUCAAACUUGGCGACUACAGGGUCUGAGCUGAAGUCCUCUUUUGAAUGUGAUUCAUGAGCAUCCUUGCUCUAUCCAAUAACGCCUGCGGGCCUGCAUCACAUGCUCCUUCUGCAUUAAGCUGUGCAGCUCACAGACACAGUAGGUGGUACUGCUGCCUCUUCAGCACUUGAUUGAAGCAUUAGUUCUACUGAAUUCUCCUACAAUCGCCUCUCUCACAUUCAAGAAAGGAAGCAUUUGUAAUUUAAAUAUUCUUCUGAACAAACAACCACAAAGCCUCAGUGUUCAGUUGAAGUAGAAGUAUUUAAAUGCAGUUUUUAUUAGCUCAUAGAUGUUCAACAAAAUCAUUAAAAAGUGUUCCUUAUUACCAUGAAGUAUUCAAGGUGUAAAAACAGAUCUGUUUGUAAUAGUCACAUCUGCUCAUUGUGAUAGGACUCAACAUUUAAGAGAGUAUUUUUAGAUUUGCUGUAUUGAUAUAAUCAGGCACGCUGUAACAGGAUCAGCGUUUCUGCAUCCAGGCGGUUCAGUUACAGCGUCAUGUGUUCAGUGUUUCCUGUGUUGAUCCGUCUGUGGUUUUCCAGAUGAUUCUGCGUACUCUUCAGUACAUCCCUGAAUCCGUUACUGAUCCACAGCCAAUAAUGAUCUCCUUUAAAGAGCCUGUCCUCUCUGUGCAUUGGUUUUCAAGUUCAUUUCAAAUUAAGUGUAUUUAUCAUGAUUAUGAACCCAGAUAAGACCCGGAUAGGGGUGGGCAGUAGGACGAUUUUAGAUCUUUGGAAAUAGAAUGAAUUGACAAUGUGCUAAAGUCAGUUAUCAUUAAAUCUACGGCGUAAACGAUUCCUCAAGUUAUCCGAGUCACUCAAUUACAGAAGUUCCUCAAGGAAAGUUAUCUGACUUGAGGCUACGCUUAAAUCAGUCAAUACCUAUAUACACAGCGUUCCAAAUUAUUAUGCAAAUUGGAUUUUAGUGUCAAAAACAUUCACCUUUUUGUUUUUUAAUUAAACUCAUUGAUGGUAUUGUGUCUCAAGGCUCUUUGGAUAACUGAAAUCAAUCUCAGACACCUGUGGUAAUUAGUUUGCCAGGUGAGCCCAAUUAAAGGGAACUACUUAAGAAGGACAUUCCACAUUAUUAAGCAGGCCACAGGUUUCAGCAAUAUGAAAAAGCGUCAAAUAGUGUAAGGCCUUAGACAAGGUAUGAAAACAUGAGAUAUUUCACAAAAAACUUAAGCGAGAUCAUUGUACUGUGAAGAAAUCUGGCAUAUUCAGAGCACAGAGGGGUUUGUGCAGAUAAAGGCAUAAUGAAGGAUCUGCCAAAAAAAUUAAUGGGAUUAAGAGAGCAGAUGCUAAAAUGCCAUUACAAUGAAGCAAACAGGUAUUUGAAGCUGCUGGUGCC